AUGGACAAGUUGGAGAAGUACUACACGGAUUUCGUGCGUCCCCCGCUCGCGCCCAUCUACCGGCCCACCGCCGAGGAGUUCACCGAUCCGAUCGCAUACGUGGCCAAAAUCAAGCCGGAAGCCGAGAAGUAUGGUGUGGUGAAGAUUGUGCCCCCAUCGAAUUUCGUGCUAACAUUUGCGAUCAAUGGGUCGACGUUCGAGACCACGCCGCGCGCCCAAAAGCUCAACGAGAUCGGGGCGUCGAUUGGCGAGAAGAUUGCCUUCCUCGAAAAACUGCCAAUUUCUGGCGCCUUCAGGGUAUCGAUCUGGACAUUGUCAUCAUCGAGAAGAUCUACAUCGAUCUGUACCGCCUUCACACUGUUUGUACUUUAUCUCGGGACAAAA